GCCGCGCGUCGCGCCCGGCAGCAGCAUGCUGCAUCGCGGCACGAGCGCGCCGUCGUUCGUCGACUACGACGUCGCGUCGCCGGGUGCGCUCGACGCGACGCCGUCGGCCGUGUCGCGCCCCCCGCCGGUGCUCACGUCCGCCGACGGCGCGAGCCCGCGGUCCGGCGGGCGGCGCCUGUCGCGCGAGCGGUGCCAGCCGUCGCGGUCCCUGAGCCCCGGCGACCGGCGGAGCCGGAGCCCGCGCGCGCUCGUCGCCGCGGCCUACGGCGGCAAGUCGAAGGAGCUCGAGUUCGACGGCGGCUUCCGAGUGUCGUCGCCGACGGGCGGCCGGUCGUCGCCCGCGCGGUCGCCGUCGGGCGGCCGCCGCGACGCGCCCGCGGGCGCCUGGCAUGGGCUCCUCGCCUUCGCGAAGACCGAGGCCUUUGGGGAGCGCCACUCCGCGGGUCUGGACGACUCGGUGCCCGAGGCCAUCGACAACUUCCUCGCGGUGCCGGCCAAGUUCGAGCGCUUCGUCGCCUUCGGCGUGCUCGCGUGCCUCGACACGUUCCUCUACACGGUGACGUUCCUCCCGUUGAGAGCGGGCAUCGCCGCGGGCUGGCUCGCGCUCGAGGCGUGGCGCCGCGCGACGAGCCAGCGCGCGGCGCGGCCGUCCUACGCGAUCACGGCCUUCGACGGCUUCAGCCGCGCGCGCGCCUACGACCUCGCGCGCUUCCUGACGAUCCUGCUCGUCAACUACGUGCUCAAGCAGGUGCCCCUGAGCCGCGCGUACCACUGGAUCAGAGGCCAGAACACGAUCAAGCUUUAUGUGAUCGUGGGCAUCAUGGAGGUCUUCGACCGGCUCUUGUGCGCCUUCUCCCAGGACGCGCUCGACUCCUUCUACCUGACGACGCGCCACGCGACGGAGUGGCGGCGCGUGCUCCUCUUCUUCGGUCUCGUCAACGUCGUCGUCGUCUCGCAUAGCCUCCUGCUCUACACGCACCUCACGACGUUAAACGUCGUCGUCAACGCGUCGGAGGACUCGGCGCUCGUCGCGCUGCUCGUGUCCAACAACUUCUCGGAGAUCAAGAGCGCGGUCUUCAAGAAGUACAACGCGACGAACCUGUUCGACAUCGCGUGCUCCGACGUCUGCGAGCGCUUCAAGCUGCUCCUCUUCCUCUGCCUGCUGACGCUGCUGAGCUGGUCCCAGGUCGCGGGCGACGCCGAGGAGCGCUCCUCGGGGCUGAGAGUGGUGGCGGCGCAGAGCGCGGUCGUCUUCGGGUUCGAGGUCGUGGCCGACUGGCUCAAGCACGCGUUCGUCGCCAAGUUCAACCGGCUCGACGCGUCGGUCUUCGACGCCUACGCGGCGCGGCUCGCGCGGGACGUCGUCACGGGCCGGUCCCAGGGGGGGCUCGCGCUCGACCACACGCACGCGGUGACGCGGCGAUUAGGGUUCGCGGUGCUGCCGCUCGCGUGCGUGUCCCUGCGCUACCUGUCGCUGGCGUCGAACUGGCUCCGGCUGUCGCUGGACCUGGGCACGGCGGAGCUCGCGGUGAUACUUGCCGGCUUCGCGGUCCUGCUCUUCCAGCUGAAGCUGCUGUCGUCGAUCUGCCUCGCGGGCCUCGCGUGCGGCUACGGCGACGCCGCGGCCCAACCCGCGGCGCCGCGGCCCAACCGGGCGCGGCCGUCGAACUCCUUCGACGCCGAGGGCCUGCCGGGCUCGCCGAAGCCCCGGCCGGGCACGCCGCCGGCCGCGCCGCCGCGCGGCGCGGACGCCGCGACGCGGGCCCCGCGGCCCAAGCCGCCCCGCGUCGACGCCGCGCCGCGCAAGGCGACCUUCGCGGAGCCCCCGGCGCCGGCCAAGGGCAAGGGGAAGCGGGGGAAGCGGCGGUAACGGCGGUGUUCCGUGG